AUGUUAAAUCCACAGCAACAAAUUUCUAAUAAUGCAACAAAUAAUGGUGGCGAUUAUAAUUUUAGAGAUAAUAUAAUACCUGACGAUGGCUCAAGUAAUAACGAUGAUGCUUGUAGAUCUAAUAAUCCUAACAAUUAUUCAAAUGAACAACAAGUAAGAGAUUAUCCUCCACAACAACCCACUCAGCAACAACCACCACCACAACCACCAUCAUCAAAUAACAUUCUACAAGAGCCAACGAAUCGUCAAUCUUUUUCAAAUGAGGAUUCAUUGGCUAAUGUUUUGUUACUUUUAGCUAAUCAAAAAACCACUACAACCAAUAACAACAAUACUACAGCCAAUAAUACUACUAAUCAUAUAUCCGAUGUUGAA